GCAGUGCAUGCUGGGCCGGAAAGCUCUGACCACCUCACAGCCAAGAUGGCGGUCGACUACUCCCGUCUGGCUUCCGCAAAGGAAAAGCGGCAAGAGCAGCUCAAAAGAUGGCUGGAGUCCGACACGGAGCGCGAGCCGACCGUGCCGAAGCGGAAGCGAUCCAGGGUGAAGUUUCAGGAGGGCUGCGUGUUCCUAGCGGCUUGCGCGGCGGGCGAUACCGAGGAAGUCGGACAACUGCUGACGAACGGUGCCGAUAUUAAUACCGCCAAUGUAGAUGGAUUGACGGCGCUUCAUCAGGCUUGCAUUGAUGACAACAUGGACAUGGUAAAGUUCCUGGUAGAGAAAGAAGCAGACAUGGAGUACCCUGACAAUGAAGGGUGGACGGCUUUACACGCUACUGUCUCCUGUGGACACCUGGAAAUCACACAGUACCUUAUAGAGCAUGGUGCGGACCUGUCUGCAGUUAACAAUGAAGGAGAAACACCACUGGACCUGGCUGAGGAUGAAGAGAUGGAACAACUCAUACACAAGUUUGUGGAACAACAAAGCAUUGACCUGGAGGCAGCCCGACGUGAAGAGGAACGACGAAUGAUCGAGGACGCGAACCAGUGGCUGAACAGCCGAGUCAUCAAGGAGAAGAAACACAGCAAGUCUGGGGCCUCGGCUCUGCAUGUAGCUGCAGCGAAGGGCUACAUCAAAGUCAUGCAAUUGCUGAUCCAGGCCGGAGUGCCGAUCAACGCUGUAGACAACGACGGCUGGACGCCGCUUCACGCCGCGGCACACUGGGGCCAGAAGGAGGCCUGCGAAGUGCUGGCUGAGAGCAUGUGUAACAUGGGCAUCACCAACUAUGCUGGGCAAUCACCAUUUGACAUAGCAGAUGUAGACGUUCUACCAUAUUUAGAAGAACUCAAGAAAAGACAGGCCACUAUCAAGAAAGAGCGUCCAGCGGAGAAACUGGUGAUAGACAUUACCAACGAGCACGAGAAGGCACCGCUCAAGAGAAGCGUGGGCUCGCAGUCGGCCCCUUUCUCUUCUUACAAUGGUCCGGCGGACCCGGAGCUGAGGACCUCAGUGUCGAGGAUUAGCCUGAAGGACAAGACGUCGUUCAUGCAAGACAUCUCAGAGGAGCGACGCACGCUGGAGUCCAGCAUCUUAAAGAAGAACAAGAAGCAGGCCUCCAGCUCGGAGGAGUCUUCUAGUGAGGAAUCCUCAGAAGAAAGCAACAGUGAGGACGAAGGAGUGGAUAAGGAACGAAGGACAGGAGGAGGAGUAACUCUAACCCGCAUCACUCCUGCAGGCACCAACCAGCAUGGACCUUCAACCACCUCAACGUCCCUCACGCGCAAACCGUCUGAUUCUGACGAGCCGGGCACCGCAGCCGGCGCAUCGCGAAAGGUUCUGGACGACCGGACGCCCACCAGUUGGCGCGCCGGCUUGAGAAAAACCGGGAGCUCGAGCGCCGUUCCCGAAACGAACAACAAGGACGGAGAUUUGUCCAAAGACAAAUUGCAAAGAUCGCCCUCCACUCCCAGUAUAUUCUAUAAACCCUGGGAGGAAAGAUUGAAGGAGCGAGAGAAGGAUAAAGAGAGGGAAAGGAAAGAGAGCCGAGAGGACAGGUUGCGCAGACUGGGUAUCAUGCCCCCAGAACCCCAGAAGGACAACAAGGACAAGACUGAGUCUCGGGAGGACAGGUUGCGACGGCUGGGAAUAUUACCUCCUGCUGACAAUAAAGACAAAGACAAUGCUGCGAAUACAGACACAGCAGCCUCAAGUUUAUAUAUGAGACGAAAGGGCGGGAGUGAGUCAGAUGUUGGAACCAGCAAGACCACAGUGGCUAGCUCUUCGUUAACCUCGUUAACACAAUCAACAACACCCCCCUCUACUGUCACAACUACCACCUCUACGUCUACUAGAAGGUCGUAUCUGGCACCUCAGAGAGACGAGGAAUCCGAGACCCAGAGGAAAGCGCGCUCGCGAAGGGCGAGGGAGACAAGGAGAUCCACGCAGGGCGUGACCAUGGAUGACCUUGAGGCUGCAGAAAAGACCAUCCGUAAAGACAAGGAAGAGAAGGAGAGGAGAGACAGGGAGGGGAAGGAAAACGGAACCGCCAAAGAGGUUGGUCUGGCUGGCCUCCAUCGCCAAGCCCGACUGGGAAGUGGGGACUACACGGGCACGACAGACCGCCCCUCAGGACCUAUCAGCACGGCUCCCCCACCUAACACUCCCUCUGUAACUAUCACUGAGGCUCCUGAUGUUCAACUCACUCCUGAUCAUGAUCACGAAAACAAAGCAUUGUUCCAGGAAUCAUAG